AUGGAGUCAAAACGCCAACACAUGCCGGAGCCAAUCAACGAAAAGCCCGAGAUCUUGGCGCACACGGAGGACAAGAGUGAGCUUGGUGAUGAUAAGCAUGCUGCGUCGGUGGAUUAUACGGGCGCGGAGAGGAAGACGGAUCCUGCUGAGAUCGCGCUGGUGAGGAAGAUUGAUUGCAGACUUAUGCCGAUAUUAUGUGUAAUGUACUUUUUGAACUACGUUGAUCGAAAUGCAAUUGCGCAAGCGCGGUUGAAUGGACUGGAAGAUGAUUUGGGGAUGAGUGGUGUGGAGUUUAACACCUGUGUUAGCAUUCUCUUCGUCGGCUAUGUCCUCAUGCAAAUCCCAUCCAACAUGCUCAUCACGCGCAUCAAGCCAGGCAUAUACAUGAGCUCCUGGAUGUUUGUAUGGGCGAUCGUGUCAGCGUGCACGGCGUUGGUACAGAACUUCGGUGGACUGGUCGCUUGCCGGUUCUUCUUGGGCAUCACAGAGGCACCCUUCUACCCGGGUGCAACAUACAUGCUGUCAAUAUUCUACACUCGCAAGGAAGUCGCCACGCGUAUUGCUCUGCUGUAUUGCGCGCAAAUUCUCGCGACCGGAUUCAGUGGGUUGAUCGCUGCCGCCGUUUUCGAAAUGGAUGGCCUACGUGGACUUGCUGGGUGGCGGUGGUUGUUCAUCAUUGAAGGUGCAGCUACCGCUCUGGUUGCCGUCGUUGGAUUCUUCAUGUUGCCCAACACACCACUAACGACGCGCUGGCUUACACCACCCGAGCGCGAACUUGCACAUGCCCGCAUGGAGCGCGAUAGAGUUGGUGACUCUAUGGAGCCUGUCAGUAUGAUGGAGGGUCUGAGGCAGGCGUGUCGCGACAAGAGAACAUGGCUAUUCUGCCUCAUGCAGAACUUCCAUCUGAGUGCUUGCUCGUUCAACUCUUUCUUCCCAACAGUUGUCAAGACCCUCGGAUUCAGCACUACGAUAACUCUCGUUUUGACUUGCCCACCAUUCCUUCUCGCAGGCGCGGCGGGUAUCGCUACAGGCUGGAGUUCGGGACGCAUGCAUGAGCGCACUUGGCACAUCACCGCUGGACUGCUCGUUGCUGUUGUUGGUUUCGUCAUCGCAGCUAGUACUUUGAACACAGCCGGUCGGUACGUUGCGUGCUUCAUCUUCCCUAUGGGAGCCUAUUCCGUCAACUCAGUCAUUAUUGGAUGGGCAUCUUCGACACUCGGUCAAACUAAGGAGAAGAAAGCCGUCGUUCUUGCAAUGACAAAUGUCGGGGGUCAGAUUGGUUACAUCUACGGCGCGUACCUCUGGCCAGAUAGCGACGAACCUCGAUACGGAAUUGGUUUUGGUGCAUCCGCAGGGUUUGCACUGCUGUCGAUCGCUUGUGCUUGGGUUAUUCGCAUGAUGCUUAUCAAGGAGAAUCAGAGGUUGAAGGCUUCUACGAAUGAGCGCAUUAACCUGUACGGAUACUGAGCCGUAAGAUUAUACUGCAGGGUAGCAUUGAAUGUGUCAGUGUACCGACGUUGUGAAGAAUGGGCUUAUUUUGCAUCUUUAUGAAAGCGUAAGAGAUAAGGAAAAGUGGUAGAAAACCCGGUAGAGCUGUGGCAAAACUUGGCAGAGCUCUCAAAAUCGUAUAAUCAUAAACCUGGGUGUCAUAAGAUACUUGACUUGUGUACAAAGGCCACUAUAGUCGCCAGGCACGCCUCGUAGUUUACUCACACUGUCAAGUACUUUAUGACACCUAGAUGAUGUCGGG